UACAUCUCAGAGCAGGUUUUUAAGCCAAGUGUUCAUGAGAUGAUCCAGCUGGUUUACAGGAUUCAACAACCCCCUUGUGAAUAAUGGUUAAAAACGGAUCCCACCUGGACGCUGAAACACUGGCAAUGCUUCAGAAUAAAGCUAUCUCCAUUACCCUCCCAGUUGUGUAUACACUGGUGGCUAUGAUCAGUAUCCCUGGCAACUUGUUCUCCCUUUGGGUGCUCUGCUGGCACAUCAAACCCAAAACACCUUCUGUUAUCUUCAUGAUCAACCUGAGCAUCACGGAUCUCAUGCUGGCCAGCUGCUUUCCCUUCCAGAUUUCUUAUCACAUCCAAAGCAAUCACUGGAGAUUUGGCGAGACCCUUUGCAGCCUCGUAACCGUGAUGUUCUACUCCAACAUGUAUUCUUCCAUCCUGACCAUGACCUGCAUCAGCAUCGAGCGGUACAUGGGCGUGGUAUAUCCCAUGAAGUUGAUCAAGUGGAGAAGAAAAAGAUAUGCCCUGGCUGCCUGCCUAGGUAUGUGGCUUUUCUUGCUCCUAGCCUUCUACCCACUAGAAAGCACAGAUCUGACCUAUGAAGUGAAAGAACUGGAGAUUAUAACCUGUUUUGAUGUCCUCAAAUGGGAUAUGCUGCCCAACUUUGGAGCCUGGGUAGCCUUUCUCCUCACACUCUUUGUUGUGCUCUUCCUGAUCCCUUUUGUUGUGACAGUUGUAUGCUAUAUUGGCAUCAUUCGGAAGCUUAUUCAGACAUCGAACAGGUAUGGUAACAGGCAGAAGACAAGAUCCAUUUACCUGGCAAUGAUAGUCCUUCUGGUGUUCGUCACUUGCUUCGCCCCCAACAACUUUAUCCUACUCGCGCAUAUGAUUAGCCGCCUAUUUUAUGACAGAAGUUUGUACCCUGCAUACAAGCUCACCUUGUGUCUCAGUUGCCUCAACAACUGCAUAGAUCCCUUCAUUUAUUAUUUUGCAUCCAAAGAAUUUUACCAGAAAUUCAUGCAAGUGUUUCGCCCUAAGGUACUGCUCAGUGACAGUCUGGAAAACAGAAGAGAAAGCUUAUUCUCUGGCAGGACCAUGUCAGCCAGGUCGAUGUCAAGUGGACCUAUGGAUGGAUUAGAGGGAGUAAAGGUCUAUUUGCAAAGGCAGGAAAGUGUUUUUUAA